AUAAAAAUAAAAAUCUAUUUAUGGAGGCGAGGAUGGCCAUCUCGUGAUUAUAUAGUUCGCGCCUAAAUCGUUCUAAUGGGAUUUUAUUUAAAAUAAAUAAUGCUCAAUGGAAUCCCAUAAACAAGUAGAGUCGGGUUUGCAAUUGCUAGCCAGACUUUGCCACCGACCAUCAUUGCAAGGCUUAAAUAGUAUUUUGUUUUCCAAUGGUCCACAUUCUAGUGAAAUAAUAGAAAUUAGUGGUAACGUAUCUAGUGGGAAAACUCUUCUUUUAACAACAUUACUGUCUAAAUCUGUCUUACCGUUAAAAUACCAGGAAAUUGACGUAAAAGGAUUUGAAGUACAUGUUAUACUUAUUAACACUGAUCAUCAUUUCCAAGUCUCAAAAAUAGCCAAUAUAUUGCUUGGACAUCUAAAGAAAGCAUGUAAAUUAAGUAAUGCAGUUCUAGGGAAUGAAGAGUUAGAAAGUAUAGUUAAUAGUUCAUUGAAUCGCUUAAUAAUCAUUAAUUGUUACAACCGUGACCAGUUCUUUUUAAGUAUACAAUCCUUGGAAAGUAUUUUGAUAUCUAAUGAAAAAAUAAGUCUCAUUGCAAUUGAUAGUCUUUCAGCAUUCUAUUGGGAAGAUAGGGAAAGUGGAGGGAUUUGGAUGAUGGAUUUAUAUAUAAAACAUCUCCUAUUGUUAAUACAAAAGAAUGUUUCCCACUUUAAUAUUGUAACAAUUUAUACAAGGCCUAGUAGUUUUUUAACAAAGGGAAGAGAUACGGAUGACCGUGCAGUUGCACCUCCUAUGCAAAAGUUACACUACAAAAUUCAACUUCACAGGCAAGAGAAUUGUAAUACAUUUUUUGCUAUAGUAGAGUUUGCUAAAACUAAGAAAAAAGUUGCCUAUGUAAUAGAAGCAGAUGAUAUAAAAUGGAUGGAAGAAAAGGAACCAGCAUAAACAGAAAAAUGAUCUAUGUUAAGAAG